AUGUUCUUUCUCUUUGUUUAUUUAUUCUUGCUUGCUUUUGGGAAUGGAAUUUCAGUUGAAGAGAUAUUAGAAAAAAAAAUUAGGAAAAUGAAUCAGCUUACUGCCAGCCAAUCAUAUAUUAGUCUUGAUACUGAUCAAUUUAAUCUUCUACUAAAAUCACAGCCUAGAAAUUACUCAGUUAUAUUACUUCUGACUGCCUUAAGUUCUAGUAGAAACUGUGCGCCCUGCAGACAAGCAUUUGAAGAGUUUCAAGUUGUAUCAAACUCUUGGAGGUAUUCUAAGCAGCGUGAUGAUCGGUUGUUCUUCGCGAUUGCAGACUUUGACAAGGCACCUGGUGUCUUUGAGUUCCUACAUCAAGAAACUGCGCCUGCGAUUGUGUUUGUAUCACCUAAAGGAAAUAUAAAGCAAUCGGACUACAUGGAUAUUACGGUUAAUGGGUUUUCUGCUGAGGCGAUCAUGCGAUGGAUAACUGGAAUUACCCAAAUCCAGAUUCGUUUAUUCCGACCUCCAAAUUAUACUGGAACCAUGAUACUUGCCCUUUUUAUGUCCCUUGGGGCUGCGGUUUUGUACUUUCGUCGAAUCAACUUGGACUGUCUAUAUAAUCGUUCAUUAUGGAGUGCAAUAUCGUUGGGUGUUAUUUUUUGUUCUAUUUCUGGGCAAGUGUACAAUCAUAUUCGUGGACCCCCGCUUUUUCAUGCGCCACCUCCUAACGGAGAAAUUAAGGCCUUUAUAUACGAUGGUUCUGACUAUCAAUUUGUUGCAGAGACUUUUAUUGUGAUGAUUUUAUAUAUUGGUUGCUCAGGUGGAAUUCUUUUGAUGACUGAAGUUAGUUCAACUACUGAUCCAACAAAGCGAAAAGUUUACACAAUAUCAGGAAUAGCCUUGUUUAUUAUAUCUAUCCACUUUAUACUGUCAGUCUUUCGAAGGAAAUAUCACGGUUAUCCAUAUGGAUUAUUUUUUAGAUAA